GCGUCUACACGGACAGCGCCCACGACGGACAUGCCAGGUGGCAGCAAACCUCGGCCCAAGACGGCGCACCAUGCGCUCAAGGCGGCGCGGGCGGCGCUGCCAGCGUACACCCGACCAGCGCCACCGUCGAUGCCAACGACGUUGUCCAAAAGCCAUCGCCACAUGGCGCAGCUCCCACACUGCCUGUCGCCCAAAAGUGCGUUCCGAAAACCGACCAUUGUUGUCAGCAAGCACGCGGUCGAGAUGUCGAUUCCGCGCCCAAAGCAUGGCGAAGACCCCCAGACGCCGGACCGAUCCCGGAUCCAGCGGCUCGCCAAGCACACCCCAGGCCAAACGAUCUUCCACGCUGACAUUGACUUUGACGGACUGCGGCCGCUGAUCGACAUUGCGUACUGGUCGAGUUUUCCCGACGUCCGGCGCGACGCGGCGGCUGCAUUUUGCACCUUGAGCAAAAAUGCGGCCAACCUUGAAGUGAUGGCCCAAGCCGGUGCGCUCGGUGCCGCGCUCUCGCUCAUUGCAAACACGAAAGCGACGAUGGACCUUGCCAUUUUGCGCGACGCCACCGACACGCUCGCCGAGCUUGUGCAACUACCGAGCAUGCAGCACAAGCUGCUCUCUGCACCCACGGGCAUCACGACGGUGUUUUCCAUCCUCCGCAUCGCCGACGUCCGCGUCAAGCGCGCAGCGCUCAAGCUCGUGGCACACCUUCUUGAAGUGCCCGACGCAUCUGCCCAGCUUGUCGCCCACGGCGGCUUUCUCACUCUGCUGCAUUUCGUGCAAGCCCUCACGUGUCGCAAAGAUCGGCAGCUCAAGCGCACGGCAGCCAGUUUGCUCCUGCGGCUUGCGACGGCAGAAGACAACAAGGCAAAAAUUGCCGAAGACGAUGCGAUCCCGCAGCUCUGCGCCCUCUUCCAGGACCCGUACCUCGAGGUCGAUGCUGGCUUUCGAAAAGAGCUCCUUGACUGCAUUUUGGCGCUCAGCACCGAGCGACACGCAGCGCGUCGGCUGUUGGAAUGCCGCAUCGUCCCGGUGCUUCUCUUCAUCCUCACGACAGCAAAGAGUCUGGAGCUCUCGCUGGUCGUGCUCUCGAUCCUCGAACAGUUCAGCGCCGACCCUCGUUUGGCGCUGCCGCUUGUGCAGCACGACGUCAUCCCGACGCUCGUGACGGUCGGCUUUGCGACCGACGAGUCGAAUGCGCUGUACCGGCCGGGCAUGAGCAAAGCGCUUGGCAUUCUUCUGCAACUUCUGAAGCGGGAGGAAGCCCACGCCGUUGCGACGGAUGUCGGGAUCGUCGACCGCAUCUCGCAGUACAAGCUCUUCAUGGCCCCCGAGCGGAGCGUGCGCAACCACAGCAUUGGCAUUCUUGUGCUGCUGGCGAAGCGGGUGCCCUUGCCGAAGCGGCCAUACGACACACCCGAUCGAAAUGCCAGUAGUCAUGCGUGUCAUUUGGAGCUCAUUGCCCGGGGGUACCUCCAUUGCGCCUUUGCGAUCCUGAGUCGCCCGACGCCGGGCCCGAAGGACGCGUGGCGCGAGGGCGACGACGAAGCGAUCCAUGCCAAGGAGCUCGUCCUGCAAGCGCUCUCGCACCUCUCGGAGAGCGACAACGUACGUCUCUUGCUCUGUAAACCACCGGUUCUCGAAGCCAUUCUUGCCAUUGCACGCCACAAACUCGUGCUCGGGAGCUGCGCCAAGCUACUUGCCGACCUCGCAACCAAGCCCGACAACGUGCCCAAGCUCUUGGAACCCCGCUUGCAGCUUUUUCUACUGAAAUGCAUUGCGCCGUCGUGCCGCGACGACGACGUUCGGUACGAAGGCGCGCGGGCGUUUGCCGCGCUCUCGCGCUUGGAGCAAGCAAGAGAGCACUUGGUCGCGACGGGUGUCGUGAGCUUUCUCCAGCGACUCGCCAAGCACGUGCGCUGCGAGAUUCCGCUGCUGCGGAGCACGGCGCUGCUGGCCCACGCGACAGUCGAGUGCCUCAAGCACGACGCCGCGGCGCUGCGUAUUCAGAGCGUCAUGCGCAACUGGCGCGCGAAACACGCAGCUGCAAGUGUCAAAGAGGCAGCGGUGACCGCGUUGCAGUCGCCCCGACGCCGGCGCUUCCAGCAGCUCGCGCUGCGGGCGACGCGCCUCGUGGCGGCCGAGCAUGAAACCCAGGCGAGCAUUCAGCACCGCUUUCUCGCCAAGUCGAGAUCGUCGUACCACUGAAACACUAACAAUAUAUGCAGGCCGUUGCAACGA